UGAAUGCAGCGUUGUAAGAGCGGGCGGUAGCUGGUCUGCGCUCUGAGCUGCAGAGCUAGCUAGUGCAGGAAGUAACUACGGCCAGGUACGCUAGCGUCCUGCCUCCGUGAACAGUCAACGCGGCCUUUACGAGUGCUGGAUUAAAAGUAGAUACAUUUUCAUCAAACCCGCAGCCAUGGCGGCUGAGACUGAGAAGGUAGAGCCCGCGGAUAGCGAACAAGAAGAGGAAGUCGAAGAUGUGUACGAAGUGGAGAGGAUAAUAGACAUGCGGGUGGAAGAGGGUGACGUGCUCUACAGAGUCCGUUGGAAGAAUUACUGCUCCGAUGAUGACACUUGGGAGCCAGAGGCCCAUUUAGAGGACUGUCGCGAGGUCCUCCUAGCUUUUAAAAAGUCCAUGGCUGAGAUCAAGGCCAAGAAAGAGGCAGAAGCCAAGAAGAUUGUGGUAAGUAAACCACUGCCUACAAAGAGUGACGUUUUUGAUGCCGACUCUGAGAGUGAAAGUGAGGGCAAAGACCAUCCAACUGAGGAGGCCAUCAAGAAAAAGAAAAAGACAAAAGUACGGGAAAAAGAGGAGGAACCAACUCCAAAAAAGAAGAAGAAGAAAGACAGACGAAAGGAGGAGUUCAGGCCUCUACCAGCACCUGAGACAGAUGAUGAAGACGAAGAAGAGGAGAGAGCCUCAACUCCACCCUCUCCUCUCAAGGAGAAAAAGACUGAUUCAAAAAAACGUUUGGUAGACUCUGAUGAAGAGGACGAUGAGCCUGUUCCCUCCAAAAAACACAAGAAGGAAAAGGGGAAAGACGGAGGAAAACAUAAGAAAGAAAAGGGAGAGGAGGGGAAGAAAAAGAAAGUGAAGAAAGAAAGAAAGACGGAAACCUCUGAAGACGAGGCCGCUGCACCUCUAGAAGAUGACCUGAGCUUGUCAGAGUCCCCAAUGGACGAUACUGCAUCAACGGAUGCUGUGGUAAAGUCAGCCGAAAAACCCUGUCUGGACGACAAAGGCAAACCAAAGAAAGGGAAGUGGGAAGUAAAGCUGCAGGGCAUUAAGGAUCUCAUCCAUGACAAAAAGAGCAAAAAGCCAGAUGCCACCCAGAAAGAAAGCAGCCUCCAGAAACUAAAGAACCUCACCUCUAAAGUCAAAGAGGAUGCUGCUCUACACUCAGACUCCAGUGAUAGCUCCACCUUACACAAGAAGGCCAAGAGCAAAGGACAGGAGAGCACGUCAGCACCACCCAAAGUCCCGUCUUCCUCCACAUCCUCCUCGUCCUCCUCGUCCUCGGUCACCGCAGCUAGCAGCACCAAGCUGAAGGAGGAUGAGGUGACUAAAGAGGAGGUAUUGGGACAGAAAGAUGCCACAGGCUCCACUAAUCUGUUUGAAAAGUUCUUGUUAACCUGCGAGGCCAAGGACAGGGCCCCCCGCAGGCCGCCAGUGCAUCAGCCCGCCGCAGAGAAGAUCAGCAGCAAACCCACAAAGCUAAUAGGGAAGAUUGAGAAGAUCUCGAAGACGGCCAAAGAGUCUUCAGCUCAGAAACCAGAACCUGAGAAGAUGGAGAAGACCAAGCAAUCAGAUGUCUCCAGACCCGGCCAGAGUUACGGCUUUAGCCUGGACAGUGACGAGAGGGAGACAGAAGAGUCUACAGCAAUGCAGAAGCCGGGAGAAGAUUCCCGGGAGAGGAAGGAGAGGCCAGAAGAGGCCCAGCGGCCCGGCAGGGAGAAGAAGACCCCAACAGAGGACAGGAGAAAGAGGAGAGAGGACAGUGAGCCCAGACUCUUCAUGGCAUGUGAUGACAGUCAGGACCCACAGGACCCACCAGAGGGCGCUGACAAAUCUGACAAAGGCCAAGCCACUUUGAAUCUAGGAAUGGAUCUUAACCUGGACUGGAUGACUUUGGAUGACUUCCAGAAACAUUUGAACGGGGAAGAUGAGAUCCUGUCAGGUCCACCGUUGUCACCCAGUGAGUUGCGGGAUGCUGUGAAAAGUGGAGAUUACAUGGCUGUAAAAUUGGCACUCAAUUCCAAAGAAGACUACAAUCUGGACCAAGAGGCUUGUACUAUUGGUGAGACGGGGUCAAUUGAAGGAGAGAGGCGCUUGAUUGAAGAGAGAAGUUCGAGCAAUGCUCUUAGGUUGACUUCUAACCUUGACAGUACAAGAAAUGACGAGGGUACUCCAAGAGUAAAAGGAAACAUCCAACAAGAUUUGGAUUGUACAAAAGACGGUGAAAAAAUGCCAAGCGGCCUUUUCGGUAUUAACACUGAGCAAGACAGGCUGACAGGGGACGAUGACAAAACGGAACAAAGGGGUGCUGACGCGCAAAGGUCCCUUGGAGAAGCUAUUUACUUAAGUGAUGAGGCAGAGCAAAUGAUGGCAGGUCAGUCAGAUGGUACAGAUCAAGUUCUCUCUGAGUCGGGCACAAAGGAGAUUCCUGAAAGGCAAUCACGGCGCAGCAAGAAAACUGUAGAGAACAAACAACCAACACGAUGCAGCUCAAGGACCUGUAAGAAAGUGUUUGAAACAAUACCUAGCACAGUGGAUGAUGAGAGAAAAGAGACAGGGAAAAAGCACUUCUGUUUAUAUUGCAAAAUGGCUUUUACCCAACUUGCAAAGCACUUGGAAAAGAAACAUUCAGAGGAAAUAGAUGUUGCCCAUGCAAUACACUUUCCUAAAGGUUCCAAAGUUAGACAGUCUUUGCUUGACCAAAUUCGCAAUAAAGGAGAUUAUGAACAUAAUUGCCAUGUUCUCAAAAGUGGUGAAGGGGAAAUUGUGACCAAAAAACAGGUUAAAAAUCCUAGCAUAUCAGUUCGUGACUUCCUGCCUUGCCAGCACUGUUUUGCUUUUUAUCGCAAAACCGAUUUGUGGAGACAUGAGCGGUCGUGUAAGGCCAAAAAAGGAGAUCAGAAACUGUCCGAUGGGACAAAAAGAAGUAGAGUCCACAGUGCUGCCUCCCGGCUGCUUCCAAUGUCAGAGUUCUUAACAGGAGGCUGUGAGGAAAUUAUUCACAUCAUGCAUCAAGAUGACAUCUCAAGGCACAUCAGAAAUGACCCACUUAUUUGUAAAUUUGGCAAUGCCUUGUCUGCUAAGUAUGACCAUGACAAGUCCCAGUUUGCUUAUAUUGCACAAAAGAUGAGGGAACUGGGCAGAUUCGUGGUGGCUGUAAAUGAGCUUGACAGGAGCGUGAAGUACUUGCAUGAAAUAUGUCUACCAUCCAAAUUUGAAUUGGCCAUUGAAGGGGCCAAAAAAGCUAGUGGUUUUGACCCCAGUUCCAGUAAGUUUAAAACCGUUUCCCUUGUCACAAAGAUUGGCUACUCUUUGAAACGAGCUGCGGAAAUAGCUUUUGGGGAAAGUCGCAUGACAGAGGACAGGGAAACUGAAAGUGAAGUGAAAAAGUUCAUACAACUUCUUGAUACAAAAUGGAGUGAGUGUUUUUCUCGCAGAGCACUUGCAUUAUCGCUAAAGCAAGAAGUCAAGAAAGUGGAAGUAGACAAAUCAACUGUGACAGAAGAUUUGAUAAAACUCCACAAGUUUAUCUCAGGGGAAGAAGAGGAAGCUAGGCAGGAUUUGAAAGAAAGUCCUAAUUUGUCAACAUGGAAAAAGCUCAGUGAGGCCACUCUGGCAGAUGUGUGUCUGUUUAACAGAGGAAGGGUAGGAAAUAUUGGUAGAAUGCUCUUGCAAACUUACACUUGUAAAAAGAGUAGGGGAACAUUUAUGCCCUCAGCAGAUCAAAUAAGGAAAAGCACAAAAUUGGAGCUUGACCUUGGUAGCCGUUUCACCAGGUUAGAACUAGAAGGUCAGUACGGAAGGAACAUGCUGGUUAUGCUAACGGAAAGGAUGGUUUUGUCAAUUGACUUACUCGUUGAAAGUCGAGAACAGGCGGGUGUGUCAAAAACAAACCCAUACCUGUUUGCACGGACUGAAGGUCCAUCCUUCAUCAGAGGAUUGGAUUGUUUCCGAAGGUCUGCAAUGGAAUGUGGAGUUAAAAACCCAGAUGCACUCUUAUCCUCAUCAUUAAGAGAGCAAAUUGCCAGCUGCUGGCAGCUAAUGAGCCUCAGUGAAGGUGAAGUAGAUCAAGUGGCCAAGCUUUUAGGAAAGAGCAGCGAGGAGUGUUACAGCCUCUCAAAAAAUGCAUCACAGCUGGAGGAAGUGAGCAAACAACUUCUCAAGAUGGAUCGAACACUGCCAUCAGAUUUACCCAGCACUGCAAGUGAUGGAACUGUGCAGAAGGUCGCUUUAAAGAGAAGACCUUGGAAUGAGAGGGAGCAGGCUGCAGUGAAGCAUUACUUGAGUGAAUUUUUCACAGGGUUGAAGGUUCCAGGUAAAAAGGAGUGCAAUGCUUGCAUAGCUGCUGAACCAGAUCUUGGUGGAAGAUCUUGGACAGAUGUAAAAAACUAUGUACACAACACUCUACAGACAAUAAGAAGGAGAAAUAACCAGCAUCAUGCCGAAGGAAAUGUAAAUGGGAGUCCAUUGCAUCCAAAAGCUGGAGUGCAAACCACAGAGAAAGAUAUAGAAGACUCAAACAUCGUCUGUAGUCUGACAACAGUGCAUCCAGAUCACCUGAGAGAAAGUUCACAUUGUUGUAUGACAAUGGCUUCAACCAACUUCCCCCAAGAGAUGACUUCAACAUAUGCAUCCUUGUGUUCUACUGGUACAAACAUGAUCCAUGCAGGUCAACCGUUGAUUUCUACCUUCACACCACUGAAUGCAACGGAUACACAAGUGGUUCCUACAUUUACUCCACAUAACACUACAAAUGCACUUAUGCCUCCUUCUUACACAUCAGAGAACAACAUAAUUAUGCCAUUGUCUCCUUAUACACAGAAUGCCACAAUUAUGCCACCAUCUUCUGUGUAUAUACCCCAGGACACAACGGGUUCAACAAUGAUUCCUAAUUUUGCCACCUUUACUUCUCCAAGCACCUCAAUGAUUCCUACAUUCACGCCAUUGACUACAAGUGCACCAAUGGUCCCUGAAUUCUCAACACUAAAUGACAGAAGUAGGCCUAUCAUUUCUUCAUUCACACCUCUGAACCAUUCAAGUGCACCAGCCUACCCCACAGGCUCAUCCCCAUGUAGGGCCCCUACAACUGCACAGGUUGUCCCAACAAUCCAUAGACCUAGUGUUCUUGACAGAACACCUCUUGUACAGGAAACUAUGUCUGCUGCAGGAAAAGGAGUUACUCCAGCUGUCAAGCCUCAAAAGAGAAACAAGAGGUUGUGGAGUGAGGAGGAACAGGCUGCAGUGAGGCGUCAGUUUGGAGACUUGUGUAAACUGGUCAAAGUGCCAGGCAAAAAGGAUUGUGAUGCAUGUUUAGCUGCUGAACCUGCCUUGAACACCAGAACAUGGAGGGAAGUCAAAUAUUUUGUACAUAACGCAAUUCAGUCAAUGAAAAGAAGAGGGCAUGUUGUUGCCACCAAACAAAGUGGAGGUCAGGAUCCAGAAACUCAUAAUAAUCCAAACACGGAUUGGGAUGGUCCUGUUUAUCUGUCCCUGUAAAUAUUUGUAAUGGACUUCCAAAAAAUAAGUGUUAAAAUAAGUGAUCUGGGAGAUUUUAUAGAUGUGCGGGGUCCGUGCUUUGAACCUCACAAUAUAUGGGGCUUAAGAAUUAAGUGGCUGUGAAUCUGUCAGUGAACCAUGGUUUCAGUAGCCAUGCGGAUCUUGACAAUUACAGACUGCCUUGCCAUUCAUUUUAUCACACUUUUU